UGUGUUGUAAUAGGUCCGCGGGCGCAUCUUCGCGGCAGGUGCGAUGUGUGAAUGUGCGAUUGAGUGCUUCCUGGUUAAACAGUCUAAGUAAGGUAUUCAUUGUAGCAAUCCAGUACGGAAAUGAAGAUGUUGCCAGUCUGUCAGAAACUUUGCGCGGCGGACGCCAAGAGUAAGACACUGGGACUGGUGCGUACCGAGACAGACUAUCUCCGUGCUCUGCUGGACGCCAUGGCGGACAUGGACAGGUGUGCGGAAGUGGAGGUGCUCAAAACUCUGGGCGACGUGAACUUAGAAAAGAGAAGAUUCGACAGGAACCCGGAGAUGUUUGGCAGAGCCAUGGUACUGUACAGGACCGCACUGAUUCGGUGUGACGAUAAAGGUGUGGGAGACAGUCUAGAAUAUCGUUAUCACUAUGCAGAAAAUUUAAGGUUAGGGAAGGGAUCAUCGAUUACAAGUAGUUACGAGCCCCUUACUAACGCUACCAUAAUGUCUUCGCUCGCUAAAGUAGCAGAUAAUUUCCUAUACCUGGACAGAAUAUCUAUUGUUGGUGGCAACAAGAAGUCUUUACUGAUUGGAUAUACCAAGUUUGUAAUAGAAGGGAUCGUGAACGCUGACAAUAUGUUAGAGGUGGAAGCGAUGAAGAGUAUCGGUGACGUGUAUCUGAAAAGAGGAACUGAAACAAGAGACGCGCCAUGUUUGACUAAGGCCACUACUCUGUACAACACUGCACUGGCUCGGUGUGAGAAGGUACAGGGCACGGUGGCAUUCAUUCACCGCUUACAGUACACAGCAAAAAUCAGACAAGGAACAAAGAAGAGUAGAGAUAAGAGUCGUAGGAACAGAGUACAUCAACAACAACAACAGGGUCACGUGCGGCCACGGGACUUUCCCAUGACGUCACCCAACACUGACGUCACCGGUGACUCAAAAGGUCAACGGUCUGAUAUGUCUUACAAGGAGUACCUAACUAUAGGGGACCGCGCAGUGGCUGAUGGGAAGCUUGACGUCGCAGAACAGAACUUUGCAUCUGCUCUCAGACUGAUUCAUGAUCCUAAAAACCCGAUCGGUGUAAAGAGGCUGACUGUCUGUGCAGACUGGGUGGCGUCUACGCCCAGCUUGGCAAAAGAACAAAAGAAGGAAGGAAAUUCACACAGGCAGCAGCUCUGUACAACGCAGCCAUGGCAAGAACAAAACGAAAAUAAACACAGUUCGACAAGAAGACUGCAGGAGAUAGAGAAAUGGUUUCUCCACUACACAGCAAAUGUAGAAACAAAACAUUUUCCUUCUUUGGCUAAACGUCAAAAGAUGCAGUUAGAAGAGAUGCGCACGCGUGUUAAGUCUCAACUUGACGUCAUUCAUCAGCAACACAAUCCGUACCAAUACGACGAAGAUGACCCGGUUAUGAUAACAGUCGAGGCUGAGCGAGCUGAAGCAGUUAAGGCUUUAUUUAAGAGCAUCGCCAAGGACAGACAGAUGCUCAUCGAGGACCUUGUUGAUGAAUGUAUCGCCACACUUGGUCCUCCUCCGUGUAAGUACGCUUUCAUCGGGUUAGGCUCACAGGCAACAGAACUGGUCACACCCUACUCUGACCUGGAGUUCGCCAUUCUGAUUGAGGACGGAAAGGACAAUGACGAAACACGGCGAUACUUCAUCAACCUCACACACUACCUACACCUGAAAGUCAUCAACCUCGGAGAGACAAUUAUCCCAUCAAUGGCUAUCCCCUCAUUGAACGAUUUUCAAGAGAAUGACUGGUUCUUUGACUCUGUCACACCGCGUGGGUUUGCCUUCGACAGCUUCAUGCCAUGGGCUAGUAAGACUCCGUUUGGAAGAGACAAGACCAAGACCAAGCCGCCCGUCAGCCUUAUCCAGACCCCUGCCGAAAUGGCAAAGUUUCAGCGGCUAGACGUUUCCGUGGCAGAAGGGUAUCAUCUGUCCGACGUUCUCAGACGAGUUGUAUUCUUGACAGGAAAAGAGGCACUCGUAACCGAGUACAUGCAAAAAAUUAGGGCAAUCACUUCGGGCGAUCUACUCUCCCGUUUCCAGUCCCGUCUGUCUGCAAUGCAAAUCUUGCAGGAUAACAGGGAGCAGCUUUUAACCCUCGAGCCAACCGGACAACUAAUAGAUGUCAAGAAAGGCAUCUAUCGUUUUACCGGCGUAGCCAUUGAAGUGCUAGCUUUGUGUUGUCAGGUCACCCUCGCUAGCACGUGGAGUGUGAUAGGUAAAGUAAAAGAAAUGGGAAAGAUCCAUGACGAGAAUGCCACCCACCUUACGGUAUUAACUAGCAUCUCGGCAGAGCUCCGGUUAAGAACAUAUGUGAAGAACGGGGGGCAACAAGACAGUGUGUCCCCUCUUAUCCAGAUAAAAUACCGGUCGAAAGCACAAGAGGUAUCUGACACAACCCUCAGUUCAAUAUUAGAAAUUCCAGACAUACAAGUUUUUUUCAGAUACUACUGCAGGGCAGUCCCUUUGAAGAAAUGUAUACCGGAAAGUUUGCAGGGUAAGCAAAAAAGUGUACUGCAAACAACAAUCUUAGAUACCUCCCAUAAAUGUAGAGGCCGAAUAUCUAGAAACCUAUGUCUGUAUGGUAGAGCCAAACACCAUCUGGAAGCAGCAUUAGAAGACGCCGGUAGCGACAUGAUCGAACGUUCAGAAAUACUUCAAGAACUGGGAACCCUCUGGGCCUUCUUUGAUGAUAUCAAAACAGGAGUAAGGAUCUAUGAAGAGUUACUUAGGGUGCAUAAAAGUAUCUAUGGAGACAACGCGGCACAUCCAGAUAUUGCCCGAUCACUACACAACCUAGGAUUGUCUUGUGAUAAAAUUGGCGAUCACAAGAAAGCUAUCAGCUACUAUGAAGAGUCAUUAACAAUGGAGAAAACUAUCUAUGGCUAUGAAGACAACACGGCACAUCCGGACAUAGCCAUGACACUAAACAACCUUGGAUCAUCUUGGGGUCAACUCGGUGAUAACAAGAAAGCUAUCAGCUACUUUGAACAGUCAUUAUCGAUGAGAAAAAUUAUCUUUGGAGACAACACGGCACAUUCGGACAUUGCCAUGGCACUAGACAACCUUGGAUCAUCUUGUGGUGACCUUGGUGAUUACAAGAAAGCUAUCAGCUACUACCAACAGUCAUUAAUGAUGAAGAAAUCUAUCUACGGAGACAACACGGCACAUCCAGACAUUGCCAAGUCACUAAACCACAUUGGAUUUUCUUGGGGUCAACUCGGUGAUAACAUGAAAGGUAUCAGAUACAUCGAACAGUCAUUAAUGAUGCAGAAGAUUAUUUAUGGCGACAACGUGGCACAUCCGGACAUUGCCGGGACACUAGACAACCUUGGAUUAUCUUGGAGACAACUCGGUGAUCACAACAAAGCUAUUAUCUACCACCAACAGUCACUAUCGAUGAAGAAAACCAUUUAUGGAGACAUCACGGCAUCUCGGGAUAUUGCCAAGACACUACACAGCUUAGGAUUAACUUGGAGUAACCUCGGUGAUAACAAGAAAGCUAUCAGCUACUUCGAACAGUCAUUUACUAUGCAGAGAAAUAUCUAUGGAGACAAGACGGCACAUCCGGACAUAGCCAUGUCACUGUACAACCUUGGAUCAUGGACCGGACCUGAAGUCGAACUAUUGUGA